AUCACUGGCACGCCACUGCAAAACAAUUUCAAGGAGGCGUUUUCAUUGAUGCACUUCCUGAUACCUGAGAGGUUCGCCUUGACCGACGAAUCCCAUCUUAACGACGCGGAUCACGAAGUCAAGGUCAAGGAGCUGCAUCAACAACUCGAGUCACUCAUGCUCCACCGACUGAAACUUGAUGUCCUUACUUCCUUGCCUACAAAAAAGUGAGCGCAUCCUUCGAGUAGAAAUGUCUCCGCAGACGCAUUCUUACAAGAA